GGCUCUGGAGCUAGCCGAUAGCUAGCUAGCAUUUAAUAACAUAAUGCAUAUCUUCUCGUAAGUCGAGAAGAUGCGUCAAGAGCCUGACAAAUGAUGAUGUGAAACGAUGCUGUUAAUGGGUUGACUCUGGAAAUCGCGGGACAAUUUCCGCCCAUUUUUAUGACCCCACAUUUUCGGCCCCUGGAACCCCAGCGCUUGAACAAGAGAACAUACGAGGACCGCUUGCGGAUGUGAAGAAGGAACCUCACGUUAUUUGAAGGAGCAUCUAACCUACGACAGUAUUAAACCGGGGAUUUUCGGCAGGCUUGACUGAAUGCUCCUGAUGUAACCUGAAAGGAUAGUGGAUCCUUCUACCUCGUCCAACGUCUGGUCGUCACAAAGCUUCUGCACAUUCCAGCUUCAGUCAUCAAACCCUCAGUCACGGCCCCUUCACCAAACGCUCUUUCCAGUUCUCCGGCGCCACUUGCAAACAUGGAUUGGGCCACUCCGGCGGCCAAACUGAAUCCUUACACCCGCGCUCGCAUGACAGAGGCCUGGCAGCAGCAUGCUGUUGCUCCACCUCCGGUCGUCCACACCAUCCCUUCAGGAGCUGAAAACGCUUUGGGCUGCGCUGUUUAUGGUAUAGUACUGCAGCCAGAUGCUACGUCUCUACAGCAGCAGAAUCAGCAUGGACAGCACAGCCAGCAUGGUCAGCAGCAUGGAAGUGGACAGCACGGCCAGCAGCAGCUCCCAACCGACACCCAGCAGGCCUCCCUACAGGUUGGAGCCGAGGGAGUACAUAAGUGUGGGGCUUGUGGACAUGACAUCUCCCACCUUGCAAACCCACUCGAACAUCAGUGCAUGGUGACUCAGGACAGGUCGUUCCAGUGCACCCAGUGUAUGAAGAUUUUCCAUCAGGCAACAGACUUGUUGGAGCACCAGUGUGUUCAGGUGGAGCAGAAGCCCUUUGUGUGUGGGGUGUGUAAGAUGGGCUUCUCUCUGCUUACCUCCCUGGCCCAGCACCACACGUCACAUAACAGCUCCAACCCGAUGAAGUGUUCAAUAUGUGAGAAGACGUACCGACCUGGUUCUUCUGGUAACACAACACCCACCUCCUCUAACAACUCCCAGCAGCUUAACAGCGACGCUGCAUCAGGCAGCAGCAGCUCGUCCAUCCUCCCUUUUCCCUCGGCCCGAGAUCGGCCGUACAAAUGCUCUGUCUGUCAGAAAGGCUUCAAACACCUGUCAGAACUCACACGGCACGAGAGGGUGCACACGGGAGAGAAACCCUUCAAAUGUGACAUAUGUGAAAAGGCUUUCAGUCAGUCCUCGCACCUUCAGCACCACCAGCGGACGCACAGCAACGAGCGGCCGUUCAAGUGCGCCGUUUGUGAAAAGAGCUUCAAGCAUCGCUCACACCUUGUGCGCCACAUGUACGUGCACUCAGGUGAACACUUGUUUAAAUGCAACUUAUGCGAGCUGCACUUCAAAGAGUCAUCAGAACUUCUCCACCACCCCUGCCACCCACAGGGUUCACGCCCGUUUCGCUGUGCUACGUGCGGGAAGGGUUUCAAACGGCCAUCUGACCUUCGACAGCACGAGCGGACACACUCGGAGGAGCGUCCCUUCCAUUGCGACGAGUGUCAAAUGAGCUUCAAGCAGCAGUACGCGCUGGUGCGCCACAGACGCAUGCACAAAGACCCCACCGACCGGCCGUUCAAAUGUAAUCUGUGCGACAAAGGCUUCAUGCAGCCCUCUCACCUUCUUUACCAUCAGCACGUCCACGGCAUGGACAACCUGUUCAAAUGCGCCUCUUGUCAGAAGGAGUUCAGCCAGUCGGGAGAGCUGCUCAGACACAAGUGUGGCGAGUCCUCCAAUACCUCGCCCGACAAGCCGUACAAGUGUGACGUUUGCGGAAAGGGCUACAAGAAGAGCUCCACGUUACAGCGUCACCAGAACUCACACUGCCAAGAGAAGCCGCUCAAGUGCUCUCUCUGUGACCGCCGCUUCCUGUCCUCCUCAGAGUUCGUUCAGCAUCGCUGCGACCCGUCGCGGGAAAAGCCCCUGAAGUGCCCCGACUGCGAGAAACGUUUCAAGUACUCAUCAGACCUGAACCGCCACCUGCGCGUGCAUACAGGCGAGAAACCGUUCAAGUGUGACCACUGCAACAAGGGCUUCAAACAGCGCGAGCACUUGACCAAACACCAGAGCACACACUCCAGAGAGGGCCAGUUCAAGUGUGUUUGGUGCGGAGAGCGAUUCAGUGACUUGGGCUCUUUGCAGGAUCACACGGUGCAGCACACCGCUGAUGGAAGCGGUUAUGACGUACCACAGUGCAUAUGAAUCUGUUUCUUUUUUUUCCUAAACAGACUGAAGGCUGUUAAUGAAGCCUAACAUUCACAGUUAUUAUGGGCUGUUAUUUUUGCAUUUAUUCCCACCAGUGCUGCGUCAGACUUCAGUUGAUUUUCAAACCUUACCUGUUUCCAUCACUCCCAUGUUUGCCAUUCCAUAAAAUGGGAUAUUUUUAUGUCUUUUCACAAACCUGCUUUUUAAUUUUCUCAAUCUUGUGCAUGUUGAUAGCAGCGACGAGGCAGCGACCUCGAAAUUUCCAUUUUUUAUACGUUCUUACUAAUUCUUGGGUACAGAAACAUCUUUUUACAAAUCAGACAGCCAAUAUUUAUUUUUUUCUAAAAAAAAAAAAAGGAGUUGGGCUGGAAAAAUGUUUGAGUAUUGAAUAAAUUGUUAAUGUUUAGGUGCAUCUAAUCUGUUAUGACUGAGUCUUUCCCUAUUUUUCCUCCAUCUUUCUUGUGCGUUUGUGUCCUUAUGCCACUCUGUCAGUGUUUCAAGUGAAGGAUGAUUUCCCCAGAAACUCUCAGUCCUCAACCAAACUCCCUGCUUCCACAUCCCUCUGGAUUUUAGUUCCUUUACAUUUUUUUUUUCCAACAGUUAAGCUCCUUGAUUUAAAUUAAGUGAAAUGGUAUAGAGAGGCUUUGAGAUUGUAUUAUCCCAUGGUGGAAUAAUAUAUAAUACAUUGAUAGAAGAGGUGAUCGUCGUGGCAACCCCUGUGUGUAUUGAAAUGCCAGUAUGAUGCCGCACCCUGUGGUGUGCAGACUAACCGACCAGCUGAAGUUAACCAUCAGUAAAAGCACUAAUGACUUGCUAAUGUAAAAAUAUAUAUAGGAAUAUCUAUAUGUACAUGUUUCACAAUGGCAUACUAGUAAUAUUCCUUCAGAGGUCAGUGCUGUUAGAGUUGUGUACUGAAAAUGUCUAAAUUUAAACACAUUUACCCUUUCUCUCUCAGCCUGUACAUAGUAUGGAUGUGUGAGUGUAUUUAACCAGAAGACUUGGAAAUGUCAGUUGUCUUUCUUUAAGACAAAAAAAGAAAGAAAAUGUACUGAGAUUUUUUUAUUUAUGCUCUUGCAAAUUUUUACCACGUUAAACGUUUUGAAAAAUGCUGUUUGUUUUUUAUUUUUUUUUAUUGUCGUUUGUUUCUGUAGUGAUUGUGCCAGUACGCCGCGGGUUGAUCUGGAAGAGAAGCCUGCGUGCGAGUCCGAGUGUGUGAAUGUAAACGGUGAAUUCUGUCUAACGGGGAAAUUCAGACUGAAAAGCAUCGCUUCAGCAGACCUGAGCCUUUUUUCUUCUCUUUUCUUUAAACUGCGAACCUCACAGGUCUGUCCGGGAGCAGAUUUCUGUAGGUUCCUGCACCUCGUGUGAAAAGCUUUUCAUGUUUUUGUUGUUCUGUUACGUGUUUUGUGGCAUCUUUCUGGGCGGGUUUGUCACCAGAGUGAAUCACGCCUUACUUUUCUGAAUGCUACGAGAUUCUAGUUGCGCUUAAGAAGCUUCUUUGUUUACAUGUGGGCUAGAAAUGCCAUCACUUCUUUUUGUGUUUUUUUUUUCUUCUUUUGUUUUGUUUUUUUGGUCCCCCUGUUUCAGCAUCGAUUUAAAGUUUGAGUGCAGUAUUUAAAAAAAAACAAAACAAAAAACAUAAUAAUACAUCCUGAGAUGGAGUUAAACAUUUUUUAGCCUUAUAGUGUUUGUCAUUUUGCCUCCUUCAUCAUCACCAGAUCAGAUGGUUGGCCUUAUCAGCUAUUUUUUUUUUUGUUGUUGUUGUUUUUGUUUUUUAAAUAAAUCGGGCAUUUACAAGACUUUUGAGAGAAAUGCUGACUUUUUUAUGGUUUUAUGUUUGUUUAGAUGUUUUUUCAUCAGUAUUCUUUAAAUUGAUCUAAAUAUGUGCUCCUGGAGGGAGAGCCCAGGGCCUUGGGGUAGAUUUUAGACUAUAAAUAUGUUAAAUUAUAACUUUAUACAGAAAAAAAAAAAAAAAAAAAAUUACUUUCUCCAUGUUGAGUUUUGUAGAGUGGUGACAA